AUAAUAUUAUUCAAUUACUUCGUGCAAAAGUUCUCUACUCAAUUUCAUUAAAUCACCGACUGACUCUUCUCUAUGGCGGCUACAUACACACACCCAAUUUGAACCUUUCAAUUCUUACUAUAUAAAUACAAGAACAAUUCUAUUAAUGUUAUGUUAGCGAUUGAAACAUAUAUAUUUUUUGCAUGCAUAACAAAAAAACACAAAGGAACAUAAACUAUACAAAGCUUUGAAUAUUUUUCAUGUGUAUGUUAAAGGUGGCGAAUUCAAGAGACAAAGUUGUUAUCAAAAGGGAAAAUAUAAAUGAUUCUCCCACAUUGUCAACUGAAAUGAUAUUUCCAGGUUUGAAUAGAGAUAGAGAAAUGUCUGCAAUGAUCUCAGCUUUGACUCAUAUUGUCUCUGGAGAUGUUCCAAACACAAACGUUGGUGAUAAUAAUAUUCAUUAUAAUGCAAUUGAUGAAAGGCUUGGUUUUACAACAAACAUCAACAUGUCUUCCUCUUCUACAACUCCUUCUUUGUCUUCUUCAUCUAAUUAUGUUACUAAUUCUUCUCUUAAGAGAACUAGGGAUGAAGAUGAAGAUAGAUCCUUUGGUGAUCAAUUCUUGCUCCAAGGCGGUUACUCCCCUGCUUUGCCAACAAAUGCAGAAAGUUCAAGAAAUAGGACAACAACAACGAGAGUAACAACAGCAAGAGAAAUGGGAAAUGCAGUAUAUGAAUAUAAAAGAACAGAGAAUGUAGUAAGAGAAGGAGAAGAGAAGAGAAAAUACAGAGGAGUAAGACAGAGACCAUGGGGAAAAUGGGCUGCAGAGAUAAGAGAUCCAUUCAAAGCAGCAAGAGUUUGGUUAGGUACAUUUGAAACUGCUGAAGCAGCUGCUAGAGCAUAUGAUGAAGCUGCUCUUCGUUUUCGAGGCAACAAAGCUAAACUCAAUUUCCCUGAAAAUGUUACUCUUCGUCAACCUCCAACAACUAGUAGUACUAAUCAAUCGAAUGUUUUGAAUUCGAAUUCUCUAAAUUCGAUUGUUUCUAUUACAACUUCCACUGACCCUGUUGUUCAUACUAGGCCUUUUACUUCUUCUUCUCAACCUUCAACUAAUUUUUAUGAUCGGUUUCAGUUUCCGGGUAUUCCUUCUACAAGGAAUGUUUAUGAUGAUAAUGUGAUUUUGACGUCUACAAUGGCUUCCCAUCUUCAAUCUUCGUCGUCAUCAGCUUCUUCUUUGUCAUCUCCUUCUGCAUAUGCUUCUUCUAUGCAGGCGAAUACUUCGGUUUCUUCGUUUUAUUCUACCCAGUUGCCUCCGUGGUCGGCUUCGGAUCAUAGCUCUUCUUCCUCUAGAUGAUCCAUUUUCUAUAAAUUGCCGACACAGACAUGAACAUCAGAUACAACAGUGGACAUCAGUACUAAUAUGCAAAACCAGAAGUAACGGUGGACACCAGUAAUAAUAUCCAAAAUUGGAAGUAUGUCGGUGUUACGAUAUACCUUUGAUCAGAAGUGUCAGUAUUACUUGUUGUGUCCUUUUUAUAUGGUGUAAUUUUCUUGGAUUUAAAUUUUAAACCAUCAACAACUUUUGUGGCCAUCACACAGAGCCUCUGUAGUGGCGCGCGGAUGAAAAUUGAGACUCAAAUUUGUUAGUUUAUUACAUUUUUUCUUCCUUUAGACUAUAUGUUAAUCCAAUUCAUGAUAUUUUUAUGGUGAUAACGUUUAUGAAAUAAACAAAUUGACUUUUUCUUUGUUAGAUUACUCAAUAUUAAAAAAGGAAUUGGAUUCCUUACUAAUUGGAGUAAUUGGCGUUAGCUAGCAAAAUAUGAAGUAUGUUACAUUAGUUUUUGUAAUUAAAAAAGUGGCAUCAUAACAUGACAAGAGAAUAAUGCAUUUGACCAUUUGUAUUCAUGUAACGACAUCU